UGAAAAUGAAAAUGAAGAUGCAACAAAUUUAAUUAUAAUUCAUGAUAAUGUGAUUGAAAUAAAAUUAAUUAUAAUUCAUGGUAACGCGAUUGCAACAAAUUUAAUUAUAAUUCAUGUGAUUGCAACAAAUAUAAUUAUAAUUCAUGAUAACGCGAUUAAAAUAAUAAUUCGUGGUAACGCGAUUGAAAUAAUAAUUCGUGGUAAUGUGGUUGCAACAAAUUUAAUCAUAAUUCAUG